AUGUCCUCUCAGCACACCGCACAACUGCAAAUCCAAUUCCUCGUCGUAGGCGGGGGUGUCGCUGGCUUGGCGUGCGCCUAUGCCCUGGCGAUUGCUGGCCACGAAGUGACCAUAAUUGAGAAAGGAGCCCUGGAUGCCAAGACUGAGGGCAGCGUCCGCUGCCCCCCAAACAUGACACGUCUAUUGAAGCGGUGGCCCGGUAUGGCUGCUCUUUUCGAUGAGCGUGCGACCCCUGUAUCUGGAUUGUCGUUCAGAGAUGGUCAGACGGGCGUGCCAAUCGGCUUCAUGCGGUUCUACGAGGAACUUAUGUCGGACCUCCGAGCUGACUUCCUCGCGCUCAAGCACGACGACCUGAGGCGCCACCUCGAUUUCCUUUGCGCUAGCAGCGGGCAAGUUCGAUUCGUCCAUGGGCAUGUCGUGGGCUUGUCGAAGGAGUCCGUCGACGAUGGCGUUUCGGUGUCGCUCCAGGAUGGCCGGAUACUUUCCGGGGACAUUAUCGUUGGGGCGGAUGGCCAUCAGAGCGUUGUUCGAAAACUUUUCUUCGACGAACGAGAACCUUCCGACGUUGUUGUUACUUGGCAAGUCCAUCUGGUGAUUCCCACGCAAGCUGUUCUGGACCGAGGGCUUGCCAAUGAACAUGAAUUUACCAUCUGGGCUGGGGACAACUCAAUGAUGAGUGGAAUUCUUGAUACGGCUAGCAAGAACUUUUACUUGGGGAUCUGCACCACCGGCCCGGUUGCGGCUCUCAACUGCGACUGGUUCAAGAGUUACGACAACACCUUUCUCCCUGACUUUGAUCUGGCAGGGUAUGAUCCUCGGAUCCACGAGUUGAUUGACUGCGCCACCGAUUGCCACCCGACGAUUCAAACGAUACACGAGAACCGAGAUGCUGUGGCACCCAACUCCAAGGUGAUUCUCAUCGGCGACGCGGCCAAUUCCGUGUUGCUGCAUGGAACGCACAACACCUCCAUGGCGAUCGAAGACGCCAUGACCCUCGGCUCCCUCUUCUCGAGGGUUCGCACGCGCGAAAAGAUCAAGAAGGCGAUCGGGGUGUACGAUGACCUGCGUGAGCCCCGGGUGGAGCAGAUUCGCAAGUCCGAAUAUGCGUCUCUGAAAGAGAUCAGUCUCCCGCAGGGCGUCGAGCGCCAGCGCCGCGACGAUGCGUUGCAGUUGACGCUGCAGCCAGAGUAUGCGACCUAUGAGGAUUGCAGCGACUCAGACGACCUGAUUGAAGCUUGGGAGCCGUACAUAGACGCCUUCAAAUACGACGCCGUCGAGGCCGUCGACGACUGGUUCUCCCAGCUGGGCUCCUUCUUCGAAAAUGUGCCUCCGUAUAUUAACAUCGUCGUGGCGUGA